AUGUCGAACGAGAAGCAGCACAUGGAGGCGGCCGAGGCGGAGCCCGACAUCAACUUCAACAACUUCAACCGUCGCCAGAGCAAGAUGGACUUCAACCACCUCGAGAAGGUCGACACCAACGCGCCGGAAUGGAACGACCUCCGCGACGAUGCGAUGUUCGCCGAGGAGAAGGAGAAGAACAUGACCCUCAUGGAGGGUUUGCGCAACUACCCCAAGGCUGUCUUUUGGUCGGUCGCCAUCUCUCUCUGCAUCAUUAUGGAGGGUUAUGAUACCCAGGUUCUCGGCAACGUUAUUGGUCUUAACGAGUUCCGCAUGAGGUUCGGCUUCGACACUGGCAAUCCCAACCCCCAGAAACGUUACCAGCUCUCGGCAGCGUGGCAGACCGCUGUCCAACAGGCGCCUACCAUCGGCUGCUUUUUCGGCAUCUUCCUCUCGUCAUGGGCCCAGGACAAGUGGGGAUACCGCCGCACUAUCCAGAUCGCCCUCGUCUUCCUCACCGGUACCAUCUUCAUUGUGUUCUUUGCCAAGAAUGUCGAGAUGCUCUUCGUUGGUGAACUGCUCUGCGGUCUUCCGUGGGGAGCGUUCUCUUCGUCGGCCGUCUCGUACGCAUCCGACGUGGCGCCAAUCCCCCUCCGUGGCUACCUCACCACCUACAUCAACCUGUGCUGGAUUAUGGGCCAGAUGAUUGGUGCCGGCAUUCUUCGCAAGGUCACCACUCUUCCCGGUCACAACGCCUACCGUAUCCCCUUUGCCGUGCAGUGGUUCUGGCCAAUCCCUCUCUUUAUUCUCGUCACUCUUGCUCCCGAGUCGCCUUGGUUCCUCGUCCGUGCCGGCCGACUCGCUGAGGCCAAGCGCGUGGUUGAGCGUCUCUCCAAGAAAGGCGAGAUGGUUGAUUCAGACGCUACCGUCGCCAUGAUGGUCCGCACCAACCAACUCGAAAUUGACCACGAGACCGGCUCAACCUACCUCGACUGCCUCAAGGGUGUCGACCGCCGGCGUACCGAGAUUGCCUGUGUCGUCUGGAUCUGCCAGCAGCUGUGCGGCAUGGUCUUCUGUGGUUCUCCCACCUACUUCUUCCUCCAGGCCGGUCUCGAUGAGGGCAACGCCUUCAGCCUCAACCUCGGCAUUACCGGUAUUGCUUUUGUCGGCACGGUUGCCUCGUGGUUCCUCCUCACUGUCACUGGUCGUCGCCCGCCGUUUAUCAUCGGUAUGGCUUGCAUGUGCGCGCUCUUGUGGGUCAUUGGCGGCCUCACUUGGCCUGCGGACAAGGGCGGAGGUGGCGCUUGGGCCCAGGCCGGACUGGUCAUGCUCUUCGUCUUCAUCUACGACUUUACCAUCGGACCCCUGACCUACUGCGUUGUUGGCGAGGUCUCGUCCACCCGUCUCCGCUCCAAGACUGUCGGCCUCGCUCGUAACGCCUACAACAUUAUCGGUAUCUGUGCGGGUAUCCUCAACGUGUACAUGGUCAACGCGACUGAGUGGAACCUCCGCGGCCGAGCCGCCUUUGUCUGGGGCGGCACCUCGCUCAUCUGCACGAUCUGGUGCUUCUUCCGCCUCCCCGAGAUGAAGGGCCGCUCGUACCGCGAGCUCGACCUCCUGUUCGAGCGCCGUAUCCCUGCUCGCCAGUUCAAGAAGACUGUCAUCGACGAGACCGCCGAGUCGUAA